AUGAAAGAUUUCUUCGACAAUUUUGAGAUCUCUGAACCUCUGGAACCUCGUCAUGCAUUCUUUGGUGGAAGGACUAACGCAACAUGCCUAUACUACGACGUCCAGCCAGAAGAGAAGAUCCGCUAUGUGGAUUUCUGCAGCCUCUACCCAUGGUAUGUAUCUUGUUUAAGUCUUUUAACUCAAACGUGCUUGUCGUUAACCUUCUUAAGCAAUUUUUAGGUGUAACAAAUACGGCAAGUAUCCGAUUGGCCAUCCCGAGAUUAUUACUGAAAACUUUUAACCUAUCAGUGACUACUUUGGUUUGGUGAAAUGUUCUGUGCUUCCUCCUCGUGCCCUAUACCACCCCGUUCUCCAUUACCGUACUCAGGAUAAAUUUAUGUUCCCGUCGUGUCGUACCUGUGCCGACAACCUUCAACAAGAGCUCUGCUAUCACAGCGAUGCCGAGCGAACACUUCUUGGGACAUGGGUGACUUUGGAGCUCGAGAAAGCAUUAGAGAAAGGCUACGAACUGAUGAAAGUUGACAAAGUUUGGCACUUCCCCGAGCACACGCAUGGACUGUUUAAGGACUAUAUUGAUACAUUCCUCAAAAUCAAACAAGAGGUAGAGUUUCAUCACAUGUGUGAUAUUGUCACAUCAUUAGUUUCUUAUUAUUCCUUUCCCCCCUACAGGCGAGUGGCUUUCCUCCGGAAUGUGACACCGACGAGAAGAAGGGGCAGUACAUCGCUGACUACGCCGCAAAAGAAGGUAUUCAGCUGGAUCCAAGACAAAUUGUGAAGAAUCCUGGUCUGAGGGCGUUGGCGAAGCUCAUGUUGAACUCUUUUUGGGGUAAGUGCAAUGGCAAAUUGUCCACUAAUUGUACUUGCUUUUCCUAGGGAAAAACAAGUGUUUGUUAAAAACCUAUCAUUUCUUGUAGGAAAGUUUGCGCAACGACCCAACAUGACUAAGGUCAAAAUCAUAUCGGAUCCAGCUGAAUAUUUUGACCUCCUCUCCAGCGAUCAGAUUAACGUCACCGACACGAAUUUCAUCAAUGACGAGCUCAUCGAAGUCCAUUUUGAAAACGUUGACGAAUUCGUGGAAGCCGAUGGAAAGACAAAUGCGGUUAUCGCAGCGUUCACCACAGCCCACGCCCGCCUCAAGCUCUAUGGUGUCCUGGAGCAGUUAAAUCGCCGAGUCUUAUAAUUUGACACCGAC